AUCUCUCUCUCAUCUCUUUCCUGCUGUGUUUCUCUGUGAUCCAGAGCAUGGCGGCCAUCAAUUUUUCUCACUGUCUCUCCCUUCUCUCAAUCUUGUCUCUCUCAUUUCUCCGAUUCGCACUCUCUGACUCCGGCCUAAUAGGAGUGAACUACGGCCGAGUUGCCAACGACCUCCCAUCACCAUCCCAGGUGGUUCAACUCCUCAAUUCUACCGGCCUUAACCGGGUCAAGCUCUACGACACUGACGCCUCGGUGCUCACUGCUCUAUCCGGUUCAGGCAUCUCCGUCACCGUUGCUCUCCCUAACGAAAAGCUCUCUUCCGCAGCCGCAGACCAAUCAUUCACCGACAGCUGGGUCCAAUCCAACAUCGUCCCUUACUACCCGAAAACCCUCAUUGAAGCCAUCGCCGUCGGCAAUGAAGUCUUCGUGGACCCCAAAAACACCACCCCAUUCCUCGUACCCGCCAUGAACAACGUCUACAAUUCUCUCAUCAAGUACAACAUCAAUUCAUCGAUUAAAAUCUCAUCCCCUAUAGCCCUCAGUGCACUCCAAACCUCGUACCCAUCAUCAUCCGGUUCGUUCAAAUCCGAACUGAUCGAACCGGUGAUCAAACCCAUGUUGAGCUUUCUCAGACAAACCGGCUCGUAUCUCAUGGUGAACGCUUACCCAUUUUUCGCCUACGAGGCCAACACCGACACCAUCUCUUUAGACUACGCUUUGUUUCGUGACAACAAAGGCGUUACAGACGCUAACAACGGGCUCGUUUACAAGAGCCUUUUCGACGCCCAAAUCGACGCAGUUUUUGCCGCAUUGAAUGCGCUGAAUUACAAUGAUAUAAAAAUGGUGGUCUCUGAAACUGGUUGGCCUUCGAAGGGUGACGAAAAUGAGAGUGGUUCUGGUCAAGCCAAUGCGGCGUCGUAUAAUGGGAACCUGGUACGCAGAGUUCUCACAGGUGGUGGGACCCCAUUAAGACCCAACGAGUCUCUUAACGUCUAUUUAUUCGCUCUCUUCAAUGAGAAUCAGAAAUCCGGGCCCACAUCAGAGAGAAACUAUGGGCUUUUCUAUCCAAACGAGCAGAAAGUAUACGAUAUACCACUCACACGGGAGGCUUUGGAAAGUGGGCAGUCAACGGUGCCGGUGAACGGAAGUAAGAGCCAGGUGCCGACACCAUCUAACGACGGUGAUGUGACGGUAAGCGCGGUGGGGCAGACGUGGUGCGUGGCGAAUGAGGAGGUCGGAGAGAAGAAGUUGCAAGCGGCGCUUGAUUAUGCUUGUGGGGAAGGAGGCGCUGAUUGCCGUCCGAUACAGCAGGGUGCCACGUGUUAUCAUCCCAAUACAUUAGCGGCCCACGCUUCUUACGCAUUUAAUAGUUAUUAUCAGAAGAAAGCACGUGGGAGUGGCACGUGCAAUUUUGGUGGUGCAGCCUAUGUCGUUACUCAGACUCCUAAGUAUGGUGAUUGCAAGUUCCCUACAGGGUACUGAUUACUGAGCGAAGGAAGAAGGAAGCUUUUUGAUUAGGGAUUUGUUUAUUGUUGUAGCUACUAUUGGAUUUGGGGGCAUUUUUCCUUGUAUUUGUAUUUAUUCUUCUAUAUUCUAUACUUUUUACACAGUUGGUAGUAGUUGUGGUGGUUCUUAUCUGCUUUUGACUCUUUUCUCUGUUAAUACAUACCUGCUUUGGACUAAUUCGCCAUUUCACAUUAACGUAUUGGACUAUGAUGUGGGACAGAAAUAGACUUUGUUUGUGUUUGUCUCUUCCCCUGUACCUUUGAAACUUUUGGCCCAUGUGUACUUGAAUACUUAGAUGA